GGGGCGCUGAGGAGCGGGCAGGAGAGGGCGGGCAGCAGCGGGAACAGCAGCAAUGGCCUCACUCCUGAAGAAAAUAAUCAGCACUGCUAAGGCCCCUGCCGCGCUGGGUCCCUACAGCCAAGCAGUGCUCGUAGACCGGACGAUGUACAUUGCAGGACAGAUCGGUAUAGAACCUUCCACCGGUCAGCUUGUCUCUGGAGGGGCAAAGGAAGAAGCUAAGCAGGCUCUAAAAAACAUGGGAGAAAUCCUGAAAGCUGCAGGCUGUGACUAUGGCAAUGUUGUGAAGACUACGGUUUUGAUGGCAGACAUGAAGGACUUCAAUGAUAUUAAUGAUAUUUACAAACAAUUUUUCAAGACAAACUUCCCAGCCAGAGCAGCCUAUCAGGUUGCCGCUUUGCCAAAAGGUGCCAGAGUUGAGAUUGAAGCUAUUGCCAUUCAGGGACCACUCCAAGAUGCUUCAGCCUGACUAUAAAUAGAGACUGAAUAUCCUACGACAGCAGUUUUAGAUUUAAUACUUCUCCCUUACAUCCUAUUCCUACAGUUGACUAUCAGCAGUUACAUACAGUUGAAAUCACUAAACUUCCUGUGGAGAGGUGCUUCCUUCUGGAUUGUGGCCUUGGAUUCUCUAAAACACAAGCUCACAGUGAGCUCUAUGCGGGCAAACCCUGAAACCUCCAGGAGUCCUGCUAAAGUCAGCUGAGCUUGAUUGCAGGACAGGGCCCUUACUUCGUGAUGGUGGCUGGAUAUUCAGAUACUAAGUACUCGUUUGAGUGACCAUAUGACAGUUAUACUAUGGGUGAUCUGGACACGGAAAACCAUAAUGAUUUGUAAUCAUAGGUUUUUAGUAGCAAUUUUAAAUAAGAAAAAAUGACAAAUGGGAAAACAGUAGAACACUUGAAUUGCUUAGCAUACGUUUUCACUUUGUUUCUGAACUGUCUUCAACUCUUUCUUUACAGAAUAGAUUAUCGUUGGGACUUACAUUUUUUUCAUACGAAAGCAAUUGCUUAGGAAAGUUAAUAUUAAUUUCAGAAAGAAGAAAAUUAUGCUUUUCUGAAAUAACGUGCUAACUUUAUAAAUCAGCUGUAAAUGAACCUCUACCUGUAACCUUUUUCAUAGUCUUUUGCAUAGUAAUUGAACUUUUACUAGUUUGAUUUAAAAAACAAAA